AUGUUUAUAGAUGAUAUUGAUAUGGGAAUAGCUAAAACUUCUCUUACUUCUACAACUCUCUUGAAGACUCUUUGCGAUAAAUCUAUGUCCCAAGAUUACCAUCAUCAUCAACACCAAGGAGGAAUCUUCAGCUUCUCUAAUGGAUACGACCGAUCAGAUUCUCCCAGUUUUACAACUCAGCAGAAGCAAGAACAUCAAAGGGUAGAGAUGGACGAGGAAUCUUCAGUCGCCGGAAGUGGGAUUCCGGUAUAUGAAACUGCCGGAAUGUUAUCCGAGAUGUUUAAUUUUCCCGGAAGCAGCGGUGGAGGAGGAGGAGGAGGACUUGACCACGGCCAAUCUUUCCGGUCAAAUAGACAGUUGAUUGAGCAGCAACAUCAUAAUAUUCCGGCGAUUAAUGCUACGGAUUCCGCCGCCGCCAUGCAGUUAUAUUUGAUGAAUCCUCCGCCACCGCAACAACCACCGUCUCCGGCAUCGACAACCACCACAAGGAGCCACCAAAAUUCUUCAACUCUUCACAUGUUACUACCAAAUCCAUCUCAUCAUCAAGGCUACGCUAAUACUAUGUCUAUGCAUCCACUCCCACAGCAGCAUCACCAACAGCUGACGUGGCAGUCUCCUUCAUCCUCCGAUCAUCAUCAUCAUAACAGCCAAACCGAGAUCCGGACCGUCCACGUGGAAAACAGCGGACAAGGCUUGUCUUUAUCUCUCUCGUCGUCUUUACAGGCUGCAGCAAAAGCCGAAGAGUAUAGAAACAUUUACUACGGAAGUAAUUCUUCUAACGCAUCGUCUCACCAUCAAUACAAUCAAUUCAAGACUCUUCUUGCUGAUUCCUCUCAACAUCAUCAAGUAUCAAACCAAUACCGAUUGUCUCCUGCGGCUGCGGCGGCUUCUACCUCUUCCAUCGGAGCGAUCAAUAUCUUAAGAAACUCGAAGUACACGACGGCCGCUCAAGAGUUGCUGGAGGAGUUUUGUAGCGUUGGAAGAGGAUUUUCUAAGAAAAACAAACCUAGGAACAGCUCAAACCCUAAUACUAGCGGUGGCAGUGGCGGUGACGGCGGCUCACCAUCCUCGGCCGCAGCAAUCAAGGAUCGUCCUCCUUUAUCGGCAUCUGAUCGGAUUGAGCAUCAAAGACGGAAAGUGAAGCUACUCACCAUGCUUGAAGAGGUGGACCGACGGUACAACCAUUACUGCGAGCAAAUGCAGAUGGUUGUGAACUCUUUCGACAUAGUAAUGGGCCAUGGCGCAGCAUUGCCGUACACCGCUUUGGCUCAAAAGGCUAUGUCGAGGCAUUUUCGAUGUCUUAAAGAUGCCGUCGCGGCUCAGCUUAGACAGAGCUGCGAACUUCUUGGGGACAAAGAUGCAGCCGGAAUAUCUUCUUCCGGAUUAACUAAAGGUGAAACGCCACGGUUGCGUUUGCUAGAACAGAGUUUACGUCAACAACGCGCGUUUCAUCAAAUGGGGAUGAUGGAACAAGAAGCUUGGCGGCCACAACGCGGUUUGCCUGAACGCUCCGUUAAUAUCCUUAGAGCUUGGCUCUUCGAGCAUUUCCUCCACCCGUGUCAAACUGGUUCAUAAAUGCUAGGGUUCGAUUAUGGAAACCAAUGGUGGAAGAAAUGUAUCAACAAGAAUCAAAAGAAAGAGAAAGAGAAGAAGAAGAAUUAGAAGAAAACGAAGAAGAUCAAGAAACAAAAAACAGCAACAACGACAAGAGCACAAAAUCCAACAUCAAUGAAAGCAACUUCACUGCUGUUCGGACCACUUCCCAAACUCCAAUGACAACUGCACAAUCAGCAGCAACCGCACCAGACGCAGCAGACGCAGACGCAGCAGUAGCGACAGGCCACCGUCUAAGAUCAUCCGACAUCAAUGCUUACGAAAACGACCCUUCAUCACUUCUACUACCUUCCUCCUCCUAUUCCAACGCCGCCGCAGUCUCUAGCUACGGUGGCUCAGCCGCGUUUUCCGCGGUUGCCACGUGUCAACAAGGUGUUGGUGGAUUCGAAGAUGCUGACAUGGAUGGUGUUAAUGUUAUAAGGUUUGGGACAAACCCUACUGGUGACGUGUCACUCACGCUUGGUCUACGCCAUGCUGGCAAUAUGCCUGAUAAGGAACCUUCUUUUUGCGUUAGAGACUUUGGGGGUUUUUAGUUGGCUUUUGUUCGUCCAUUUAAUUAAUUAAUUAAAUAUAUUUUUCAUUAUAGAUUUUUAUUUUUUGAAUGGAAAAAACUAUUUACUCU